AUGUCGGAAGCGCAGCGGUCCUUCCGCGACUACUACAAGGAAGAUGACGUCCACGUCCGCGAACAGAAACCCUCCCUCUUCGAGCGGCUGCGCAAUCGCUUCCCGUUCCUCGGCACAAAACGAGGCAUAGCUGUCGUCGUCGCCGUCGUGCUGCUCAUCAUUGGCGGCGGCCUCGCCGGUUUGGCUGCCUUGCCGCGGGGCAACGGCGGUCGUGGUGGCAGCGAUGCCGACGGCCUCAUUAAGGACGAUGCAUACUUUUAUGGACAGUCGCCGGCUGUCAGCUUGACCGGUGGUGUUCCGUCGAAGAAUGGAUGUGCCGGCACCCUGCCCGCCGUCGAGAGACUGGGGUUUCCAGGUCUCUGUCUCCACGACGCUGGCCAGGGCCUGCGUGCCACCGAUUUUGUGAAUGCGUAUCCGGCCGGAAUCCAUGCGGGAGCAAGCUGGAACCGAAACCUGACCCUCCACCGGGCCCGCGCCAUGGGCGGUGAGUUCAGGAAAAAGGGCGUCAACGUCCUCCUCGGGCCCUCGGUCGGCCCCGUGGGGCGCGUCGUGCGCGGCGGCCGAAAUUGGGAGAGCUUCUCUGUCGAUCCGUACCUCGCCGGCGCCCUGACAAGCGAGACAAUCCGUGGUGUUCAGGGCGCUGGUGUCAUCACGAGCACAAAGCACUUCAUCGCCAAUGAGCAGGAGACGCACCGUAUGCAGAAAAUGCCCCGUGAAGCCGUUUCGUCCAACGUUGACGACAGGACCAUGCACGAACUCUACCUUUGGCCUUUCUAUGACGCCGUCAAGGCGGGCACAGGCAACGUCAUGUGCUCGUAUCAGCGCAUCAACAAUUCCUACGGCUGCCAGAACAGCAAGUCCCUGAACGGUCUACUCAAGACCGAACUCGGCUUCCAGGGCUGGGUCGUUUCCGAUUGGGACGCCCAGCAUGCUGGUACAGCAGCCGCCCUCGCCGGCAUGGACGUAGCGAUGCCGGUGCCGCGCGACUUUUGGGGCGACCACCUAGUCGAGGCUGUGAGGAACGGCUCGGUGUCAGAAGCGCGUGUGACGGACAUGGUCGUGAGGGUUCUCGCGUCCUGGUACCGCAUGGGACAAGACGAGGAUUUCCCGGCCCCCGGCGUGGGCAUGCCCAAGGAUAUGAGGGAGCCACAUCGCAUUGUUGAUGCUCGCAACUCGUCGAGCAGGCAAGUCCUGCUCGACGGGGCUGUGGAGGGCCAUGUUCUCGUUAAAAAUGUCAACCGCACAUUGCCUCUCAGAGAGCCUCGUCUGUUAUCCGUCUUUGGAUACUCUGCUAGAGCAGCAGACGAACAGACCGGCCAGGGAGGCGGCUUCCCAGAUUCGCUGACGUUUGGUGCGCAGCCCAUCUCUUGGCAGGAGGUGGAGGCCGGCUUUACCAUGAACGAAGACUUCGACUGGUCCGGUAUUGGCUUCAACGGAACCCUCAUCUCGGGCGGUGGUUCUGGCGCACCGGCCGCCUCCACCCUCGUCUCCCCCAUGGACUCCCUCAAGGCCCAAGCCAACAAGGACGGCACCGCUCUCCAGUGGGACUUCACCCGUGGCGACCCAUCCGUACACCCGGCCUCUGACGCCUGUCUGGUCCUCGGCAACGCCUGGGCCAGCGAGUCCUACGAUCGUCCGGACCUGUAUGACAAUUACACCGACGGCCUCAUCCUUCACGUCGCCCAGCGCUGCGCCAGCACCAUUGUCGUUCUCCACAACGCCGGCCCUCGCCUCGUGGAUCAGUGGAUUGACCAUGCCAACAUCACCGCCGUCCUCUUCGCCCACCUCCCAGGCCAGGCCAGCGGUACGGCUCUGACAGCUCUCCUCUACGGCCGCGCCAACCCCUCGGGCAAGCUCCCCUAUACGGUGGCCCGCAACGAAUCUGACUACGGCGCAGUUGUCAGCCCAGAUCUCCCCGACGCCCGCCACAAGAACUUCCCACAGAGCAACUUCACUGAGGGCGUCUACAUAGACUACCGCCACUUUGACAGGGAGGAGCGCAAGCCCCGGUUUCCCUUUGGCUUCGGCCUCAGCUAUACAACCUUUGCCUACGGUAACCUAACUGUGGCAUCAGUCCGUAACGCCUCCACACGCGCCUUUGCGCCGGCCAGACGCGCGACCCGGAGGGUGGGCCCCUCGGCGCUGUGGGGCAUUUUUCGCCCGGGGUAUCCGCCGGAACGUGACCAACACGGGCUCCGUCGACGGGCGCCGAGGUCGCGCAGCUGCUCCGCGGCGCGCGUCGAGUUCGCCCUGACGAGGAGAGAUCUGAGCAUAUGGGACGUCGAGGCACAGGGCUGGCGGCUUCAGGACGGAACGUACGGGGUGUGGGUUGGGGGAAACAGUCGCGACCUGCCGCUGAGGGGGAACCUGACUGUCGUGAACUGA